CUCCAUUCUCAUCUCUUUCCUCUUCAAUUCUCGACUUUUUCUCUCUCUUCACUGAACUACAGAAGAGACAGAAAUCAUCCUGAAAAGCAAAGCUGAAACAACAGAAGCUAGGAAUUGUAAUCAGAUCAGUAUCAUCCUCCGUCUCCAUCUAUCAGUGCAGAUUUUGGUGGAGAGGUUUGUAAAUCUUAAGAGUUUUAGGCACAGUUCGUCCAGACAUGGAAGUAGAAACGCAAGCAAGUCACGAGGUACCGGUCGCGAAGGCUGCCGAGGAAAUAGACAGCAAUGGCGUUCAUACUAAGGCGGCCAAUGGGGAUUUGAAUCCGGUAGACAACGUGGAAAAAGAAGAAGAAAAGACAGUGCUUGAUGGGGAAAUCAUAAAAGUAGAGAAGGAAACUUCUCUGCAAUCUGUAGUGGAGAAAAGCAGGGAAUUUCUGGAAGCACAAGAAAAGGUGAAAGAGCUGGAGCUGGAACUGGAACAAAUCACUGAACAUUUGAAGAACUCUGAAUCUCAGAACACAAUGUUGAAGGAAGAACUCUUGCAUACAAAGGAGAAGUUGGGGGAAAGCGGGAUAAAGUAUGAAGAGCUAGAGCUCAAUCACAAAAAGUUACAAGAGCAGAUUGCAGAUGCAGAAGGGAGAUACAGUUCCCAGCUUAAUACAUUGCAAGAUGCAUUGCAAGCAAAAGAUGCAACGCAUGCUGAGCUAGACAGUGUUAAGGAGGCAUUUGACAGACUUAGCCUUGAGCUCGAGAGCUCAAGGAAGAAGAUGGAAGAGCUUGAGCAAGGGCUGCAGAUUUCUGCUAGUGAGGCGCAGAAGUUUGAGGAGCUGCACAAGCAAAGCGGUUCUCUUGCAGAGUCAGAAACAAAGAAGGCCAUGGAGUUUGAGAGGCUGCUAGAGGUCGCCACGAAAAGCACGAAAGAAAUGGAAGAACAGGUGGCUUCUCUGCAAGGGGAGCUAAAAGUGCUCUGUGAGAAGAUCUCAGAAAGUGAGAAGAUUGAGGAGGCACUGAAGAGUACCACUGCAGAGCUCUCAGAAGUUCAAGGCGAGUUAAGCGCUUCCAAAUCAGAAGUACAGGCAUUGGAGGCAAAGCUUGCUGCAGAAGAAGCUGUUCGAAAUGAAUUGACUCAAGAAUUGGAGAUGAGAAAAGCUUCAGAGUCUCAGAUAAUGGAAAAUAUGUCAGCUCUUGAGAAGACAUGCUCAUCAGCCAAAGAAGAUCUGCAGGCUAGGACAUUGGAGAUCGACGAAAUCAAGUUGAAGCUGCAGGAGGAAGUUGCCGCAAAGGAAGAAGCCGAAGCUAAAGCAAAAAGCCAAGAAGCAGAGCUUGCAAUGAUGCAGGACAAACUUUCCAAACUCUCUGAAGAAAAAGAAGCAGCUGAAGCAGCUCUCUCUGAUUUAGCUAAUAAGGCAGCAGACAUGAAAGAGUUAUGCAAUGACCUUGAGGCUAAAUUGCAGAGUUCCGACGAGAAUUUCUCCAAAACCAAUUCUCUGUUGUCUCAAGCUUUGGAAAACAAUGUGGAGCUCGAGCAGAAGUUCAAAGCACUUGAAGAGCUUCACCAGGAGUCUCAACAUGCCACCACUACUGCACACCAGAAGAUUCUUGAGCUUGAGGAGAUGCUGCAAGCCUCCAAUGCUGCUGCGGAAGAUGUCAAAACACAGUUGAGAGAAUUAGAGACACGCUUCAUUGCAGCAGAGCAAAGAAAUAUGGAGGUAGAACAUCAGCUAAAUCUGGUUGAACUUAAAAGGAGUGAUGCUGAGAGAGAACUGGAGGAGUUCUCGGUGAAAAUAUCUGAAUUAAAUGCCUCUCUUGAAAAGGCAGUGGAAGAAAAGAGUAUCCUGAAUGCCCAGAUUCAGGAGCACCAAGACAAGAUAGCUCACAUGGAGUCUGACUCAAUCAAACUAGCAGCCCGCAAUUCAGAACUUGAAGAGGAAUUGAAGGGCAUUCAAGCUAAAUGUGAAGAGCACGAGGGUAGGGCCAAUAUCAAUGACCAGCGCAGCCGUGAACUAGAGGAUUUAAUGCAGAUUUCUCAUACAAAAGCAGAGGAAUCAGACAAGAAGGCAAGUGAGUUAGAGCUAUUGCUUGCAACAGAAAAACACAGGAUCCAGGAGCUUGAAGAACAGAUAAGUUCACUAGAAAAUAAAUGUGGUGAUGCAGAAGCAGAGUCUAAAAAAUUCUCUGAAAAGGCAUCUGAACUUGAAGAAGAGCUUACAGCAUACCAGAACAAAGCAUCAAGCUUUGAAAUUGCAUUAAAUUCAGCCACAGAAAAGGAGAAGGAAUUGAGUGAAUGCUUGACCAUGGCUGCAGAAGAGAAGAAAAACUUGGAGGAUGCCUAUAAAAACUCAACUGAAAGGUUAGCCGAAUCAGAGAAUUUGCUUGAAGUCUUGCGCAAUGAAUUAAAUGAUACUCAGCAGAAGCUGGAGAGCAUUGAAAAUGAUCUAAAGGCUGCUGGAAUGAAAGAGAGUGAAGUAAUGGAGAAGCUUAAGUCUGCUGAGGAGCAGUUAGAGGAACAAGGAAAAGUAUUGGAGCAAGCUACAGCAAGAAGUGUAGAGCUCGAAUCACUGCAUGCAGCUCUGGCAAGGGAUUCCGAGCUGACACUCCAAGAUGCAACUGCAAAACUUGCCAGCAGAGAUUCAGAGGUACAGUCAUUGAAUGAGAAAUUAAAUACUCUUGAAGAUCAAGUUAAGAGUUAUGAAGAGCAGAUAGCUGAAGCCACUGAAAGAUCUACUGCAGUGAAGGACGAACUGGAACAAGUUCUGCUGAAGCUUUCUUUGUCUGAGAGCACCAAUGAAGACUUCAAAAAUAAAAUCUUGGAAGCAGAGAGUAAAUCUGCAGAGGUGCUAUCAGAAAAUGAACUAUUAACUGAGACAACAAAUCAGUUAAAUAGGAGGAUUGCUGAUCUUGAAGAACAGCUGAAUUCAGUAAGUGCUGAAAAGGAAGCUACUAUUCAACAGCUUGCUUCUCAUACAAGCACUAUCACUGAAUUAACAGAGAAACAUACAAGAGCCUUUGAAGCUCAUGCAGUGACUGAAGCUCGCGUGUCAGAAACAGAAGUAAAGUUGGAAGAAGCAUUACAGAAAUUCUGCCAAAAAGAUUUAGAAGCUAAGGACUUAGCCGAGAAGCUACACUCUCUUCAGGAUCUGGUGAAAAGAUAUGAAGAUCAAGUGCAUGAAACUUCUGCCCUUGUUGAAAAUCAAAAAGUGGAGCUGGAACAGUCUAUUUCGAAUUUGAGAGACCAAGAGAGAAUCGUUGAAGAACUGAAAAGUGCAUCAAGCAAACUUGAAGAGGAGAGAAAAGGUCUACUUAUUGAAAAUUCAGAAAUUUCAGAAAAAGUAGCCUCUUAUGAGCUGAAAUUAAAUGAUUUAGAAACCAAAUCAUCAGCCGUUAUUGCUGAGAAGAAUGAAGCAGUUGAAGAGCUGAAGAAAGUGAUAGAAGAAUUGACAGAGCAAUUAAGUUCUGCAGGGCAAAAUCUUGAAGAGGAGAGAAAAGGUCUUUCAGAAAAAGUAGCCUCUUAUGAGCUGAAACUAAAUGAUUUAGAAACCAAAUCAUCAGCUGUUAUUGCCGAGAAGAAUGCAACAGUUGAAGAGCUGAAGAAAGUGAUAGAAGACUUGACAGAGCAACUAAGUUCCGAGGGGCAAAAACUACAGACGCAGCUAUCGUCAGCUCUGGAGGAAAACAAACAACUCCAUGAAAAGCACCAACAUUCUGAGAAAGAGCUUCUGGGUCAAAUAGCACAUCUUGAAGCACAACUUCAAGAACAUAAAUCAAGCAAAGAUGCACUGCAAUCCAAAGUAGAGGUCCUCACUGCUGAUAUCUGUCAGAAAUCUGAGGUGCAGAAUCUUGUGAAGGAGCUCGAAGAACAACUAGCUAGUGUCAAGGUUCAAGUCAAAGAACAGAAAGAAGCAGAAUCCCAAAAGGAGAUGAAACUAGAAGCUACUUUUAAGGAGCUGCAAGCUAAGAGCAACGCAGUAACACUCUUGGAAAGCAAAGCCAAAGAACUAGAACAUAAAUUGCAGUUGGCUGAAGCUCAGUUAAAAGAAAAGGAGGAGAAAUUGGAGGUGAAAUCCAGGGAUACCGGAUCAAUGGUCUCAGGCGUAUCGAACCGGAAGAAAAAAUCGGCCGGAGCAUCCUCCGGGCAGGCCGUGUCCUCAGAUUCACAGACAGUACAAGUUCAUGGCACCGACGCUGCCUCUCCUAUGAAGACACUGAAACACAUAUUGGGCGUGGCGUUGGUUUCCGUAAUCACCGGCAUCAUUCUUGGGAAAAGAUACUAGGUUGCGGCUUUGGGCUCCGUUGUAAGAUUCUCCUAAUAAUUUCUUUAUUGGAGUUACCUUUUAUUAUAUAUUUAUAUGCCUGUCACUCUGUCCUAGAGUCCUAGUCAAGUAAUUUUUUCAUUGGAACAAAAGAAAAGUUUUUAGUUUCUUUUUGCUGGUUAUGGCUUUUUUGCCUUUUUAAUUUGAAUUGGAGAGUGGUUUUUUAAUUUUCUCCUCAACUGUAGCGAAAUCAAUUGGUUCAUGCUUGUAAGUUGUAUAACAUUUUUAUAAUAAAAUAUAUUUGUCAGAUUUUUUUUU